AUGAGAGCUCUGCUAAUCGCCACACUCCUCUUUCAAGAGACACUAGGAUGGUAUUAUGGUCGGCCCGAUCCUGGCUCCAGCACUCAAGGAGGAGUAUGGCCCUUGCCUUGGACAAUUUCGUAUGACACCUAUAAUCAUACCGUAAACCCUGGACAGUUUCACUUCGUUUCCAAAAUAGGUAGCUGCGAUGUUAUCGACAAGGCAAUGUCUCGAUACGAAAAGCUUGCUUUUCCUCUAUAUGAUCCGUCUUCGUACAAUGAUUCGCCAGCAACGUUGACUACUCUCUCAAUAAGUGUCGCAAAAGGCUGCACUUCGGGUUAUCCACAGUUCGAUAUGGAUGAGAGCUACAACAUCAACGUCGAUAGAUCGAAGGGAAUAGCAACUCUGACUGCAAACGAAGUAUGGGGCGCUCUUAGGGGAUUGGAGACAUUUAGUCAGCUUGUAUUCCAACCUAAGAAAAAUCAGUAUCGAGUUCGGGCCGCUACCGUAGCCGACUCUCCUCGUUUUCCUCACAGAGGCGUGAUGAUUGACUCUGCAAGACACUUUCUUCCCGUUGGUGCUCUUCUACAGAACUUGGAUCUCAUGGCACAAAAUAAGAUGAAUGUGUUGCACUGGCACUUAGUUGACAGCGAGUCUUUCCCUUACACGUCUGUGGUGUUCGCGAAUCUCUCCCAACUGGGAGCUUACACGCCUGCCCACAUCUACUCGACCGAUGAUAUUCGAAAAGUGUUGGAUUACGCUCGUUUAAGGGGAAUACGAGUGAUUCCAGAAUUCGACACUCCAGGUCAUUUCGGAGCAUGGGGGAAGGCAAUGCCACAUCUUUUACCUACAUGCUAUAAUUCACAAGGCUUCAUCAGCGAACUAUCCAAUAUUUUGGAUCCUACCCUAGAUGACACCUACAACUUUUUAGCCAGCUUCUUCACUGAGGCACUAACGCUUUUUAAAGAUAACUACAUGCAUUUUGGUGGAGACGAGGUUGCUAGCGAUAUGCAGCAAUGCUGGGCAAAUAAUGCCGAAGUUACCAAACGAAUGAAAGCAAUGGGCUUCUCAAGCACAAGCCAACUGCUCGAUUACUACUGGAAAAAGCUAUUCUCUAUAAUAGACAAAGCACGCAUUGGCACCGCUAAAGUCGUGUGGCAAGAAGUCUUGGAUAUGAGCGUGCCGGCAAAUACUUCCAUUGCUCAUGUUUGGAAGGGCGGUAGCAUAGACGAGAUUAUGAACGAGAUGGCUUCGGUUACUGCAAAUGGACAUAGAGCAAUUCUCUCCAGUUGUUGGUACUUGAACUACAUAAAGUAUGGUGCUGAUUGGGGAUAUGUUGACAACAGCAAUAUGCGCCUUCGCGGGCUCUACUAUGAAUGUGAUCCUACCAACUUUCAAGGAACGGCGGCUCAAAAGGCGCUUGUACUUGGAGGAGAAGCCGCAAUGUGGGGAGAAUUUGUGGACGCCACGAAUCUCAUACAACGUCUUUGGGGUGUUUCCGCAGUUUUUCCAACUGGUUUGGAAGCGAUAGGACUCCAUCUGUCUUAUAGACGCUUAGCGAAGCCUCGAGCUUCGGCUGUGGCAGAACGGCUUUGGUCAGAUCCUAGUGCAACCUUUUCGGCUGAUGCAGCAUGGCCUCGCCUUCACGAGUUCCGCUGUCGAAUGACGAAUCGUGGAUUUCCGACGGAACCUCCCAAUAACCCCGAUUAUUGUCCUUUUGAGUGGAAUCCAAAUUACACUGAACUUUGAGCAGAGUGACAGAACCUCGUUAUAUUAUGUUGUGCAUAAAAUGAGUCAUUCUUGCGCGCGUGACAUUCCUCAACUCGCGUGCUCCCGCCGAGUGUAUAAUAUGUUCCAGUUAAAAGGUCUGCGAG